UCUCUCAGUCACUGGCCCUGAGCGCCCUCUGGCGUCUGCGCAUGCUCCCUGCGCCCUACUGCAAAGUCCUCCAAAGGGACCUUCUAGGCUGCGCGCCGGUCAACCCCGAUCGGGUCCGCCCGCCCGCAGCGUCUCGUCUGUGCUACCGGUGACCUCUGACCCCGCCGCCACGGGGCGGGGAGGCCUUAGCUCCGGGCGGGUGGCGGCUGCUGCAGCGGGACCCGGGAGCGGGGCCCGGCGCCGCCCGGGCCGCGGGGCGAUGUGAGUCGGGGCGCGGCGGGGCGGGGGCGAGGCGGCUCCGCCGAGGCCGCACCGCGCCGCGCCGCAGUCUCCACUCCCUCCCAAGGAAGCCCCGGGCGGGCGGGCGGUGGAAACCCGGGCCUGGGGGCGGGGAUCCAGAGACAACGGGCGGCCCUGACCUCCCCUAUUCCUUCCCGGUAUCUAGAAAUUCGCCUGUUACCUAAAUCUGUCUCUAAGCCCCCAGAACCACCCCACCCCCACCCCCGGACACACCUUCAUGUGUCCUGGAGCCCUCAGAACCCCUCACUCCUGCAAAUUCCCCUGAUACGCUCACAGAGCACCAUUCUCUCCUGGAUGCCCCCAAAUGCUUCCACCGCCCUGAAAUUCCUCUGAGUCUUCAUGCCCCCCAUUCUCCUUGCACCGUGCUCAAGUCCAAAAAAUUUGUCCACAUUUCCCUGAUCCCUCUCAUACGUUUUGAGUCUCUAUAACCUCAAACUCCCACCCCCAAUCCACACCUGUCUCAGACCAGCGACCCCUCCUCCUCCCACCCGAUGUAACCCCCCUCAUUGGGCUGUCGUGAUAUGUCCUGGUAUCUUAAAGAGAAGUGAAGGGGACAGGAAGAGGUGCAGCACCCUCCCCCAUCUUGCACCCUGUAGUUCUUGGCUUCACCCCCAGACUCCCUGUUGGUGGCUCAAGCCCCAGUAUUUACCCAGCUGUCUGCCUUUAGGCUGUGCAUACCUUCCUCAUCCUGCUGCCCCCUUCCAGAGAGUAAGCCAGACCAAGAGGGUAGGGGUCCUUUUACCUGGGAAGUGUCCAAGGAUGCAGAGCACCAGGGGCCCUGGGAAAUGACAUUGUUUUUCCAGAGCAGGAGGGUGGGAUUUCAAGGAUCUCCAGGGUACUGGCUUGUCGACUUGUCCACGUAGGGCUCAGAUUCCUGAAAUUGUGAUUGAUGGUUAGCAUUUAUGUUAACUGUCAGGCCUUGCAGAGUUUGGAGAACAGAAAAUCUAUCAAGCUUCCACGUGUGAGAUUGAAGGAGCUUGUCCUAGAAGAGGAAAAUGUUGAUUUAGCUAGGUUUGUCCUACAAACUUACCUCUAAAGGUUAUUGAAGCUAGAAGUUCCACAGUUGACAGAUGUUUCCCUUCAAAACUAAGGCCUUGGGGUGGGAGUUGGGGGUGGUGAUGGAGAAUCUACUUGGCAGACUCUCCCAGAUACUUAGUAGCAAUAAAAAAGACUACUGGUUCCCUGAAUCUUAAGCCAUUGCUCUUUCUAAUACGUCUUAGUGUCCUUUUGAGAAAGCUCUCUGUAGAGUUCAAGUUCUCAGCAAAGGUAAGGUGGUGAUCUUGGUAUCGGUUUUAACAGGAUUCAGGUGGGGUCUAGAGGUGACUUAAAAUGUCCUGGGCUGCCUCAGACUUCAAAGUCACUGAUGCGAGGGGAGUCUGUCCCUCUCAGGGCCUCUGGGGCUUAGAAUUUGUGGUCCCUUUGCUCUUGAUCUCACUUCCUUCAUUGGUGUUUCUAUCCCAUUAGGGCUGGAACAGAUAUCCAGGUGGGAUGGACUGACGGCAAGUCAGUUUCAUUAACAAUUGGGGGUGAGAAUGGAAGGUUUCCACUAACCUGUGGUCUCUGUCUCCUAUGCUAGGUGAGCCCCAGGUGUGUCCCAGGGAGAUCCAGGUGACUUCUCUGCAGACUGCUUGCCAUGACACCCCACCAAGAACAGGGGGAAUAAAGUGGGGGUCCUUCCCCAUGCCCCUCCCAUGGUCAGCUCCCCGAUGGCCUGGGUGAGGGCGGGCCGGCUGCUCUGACACCAUGGGGAGCUGCUGCAGCUGCCUGAACAGAGACAGCGUCCCAGACAACCACCCCAGCAAGUUCAAGGUGACGAAUGUGGAUGAUGAGGGGGUGGAGCUGGGCUCCGGAGUGAUGGAGCUGACGCAGAGCGAGCUGGUGCUGCACCUGCAUCGGCGCGAGGCUGUCCGCUGGCCUUACCUCUGCCUGCGGCGCUAUGGCUACGACUCCAACCUCUUCUCUUUUGAGAGUGGCCGCCGGUGUCAGACUGGCCAGGGGAUAUUUGCAUUUAAGUGUUCCCGGGCCGAGGAAAUCUUCAAUCUCCUCCAGGAUCUGAUGCAGUGCAACAGCAUCAAUGUGAUGGAAGAGCCAGUCAUCAUCACCCGCAACAGCCACCCGGCUGAGCUCGACCUCCCUCGGGCCCCCCAGCCUCCCAGUGCUCUAGGCUACACCGUCUCCAGCUUCUCCAAUGGCUUCCCUGGCUGCCCGGGAGAGGGUCUGCGAUUCUCAGUGCCCCGGCGCCCCUCGACAAGCAGCCUGCAACACCCAUCGUUUGGGGAGGAGGCCACCCAUGCCCUCAUUGCUCCCGAUGAGCAGUCCCACACCUACGUCAACACGCCAGCCAGUGAGGAUGAGCGCCGCAGGAGCCGGCACUGCCUGCAGCCCCUGCCUGAGGGCCGGGCGCCCCUUGCCCCACAGGCCCGGGGCCCCGAACAGCGGGACCCGCAGGUGUUCCUGCAGCCGGGCCAAGUGAAGUUCGUGUUGGGCCCCACCCCGGCUCGGCGGCACAUGACCAAGUGCCAAGGCCUCUGCCCCAGCCUGCAUCACCCGCUCCACCACGACAAUAACAACGAGGGCCCUUCCGAGUGCCCAGCCCGGCCCAAGUGCACCUACGAGAACGUCAGUGGGGGGCUGCGGCUGGGGGCAGGCUGGAGACUGAGCCCGGAGGAGCCGGGCUGGAAUGGCCUCGCCCAGCGCCGGGCCGCGCUGCUGCACUACGAGAACCUGCCCUCCCUGCCCCCCGUGUGGGAGAGCCAGGCCCAGCAGCUGGGGGAGGAGGCCGGGGAUGACGGGGACUCGAGGGACGGGCUCACACCCUCCUCCAACGGCUUCCCUGAAGGCGAGGAGGACGAGACCCCACUGCAGAAGCCCACCAGCACCCGGGCUGCCCUCCGCAGCCACGGCAGCUUUCCUGUGCCGCUGAGCCGCCACCGAGGCUCCCCGAGGGUCUUCAACUUUGAUUUCCGCCGGCCGGGCCCCGAGCCCCCCAGGCAGCUCAACUACAUCCAGGUGGAGCUGAAGGGCUGGGGUGGAGACCGCCCCAAGGGGUCCCAGAACCCCUCAGCCCCCCGAGCCCCUGUGCCCACCACGCACCCUGCCCGCAGCUCAGACUCCUAUGCUGUGAUUGACCUCAAAAAGACCGUGGCCAUGUCCAACCUGCAGAGGGCUCUGCCCCGCGACGACGGCACAGCCAGGAAAACCCGGCACAACAGCACCGACCUGCCUCUGUAGGGACGUCCCUCCACCCGCCUGGCAACCUCCGCCUCCCGCUCCUGUGCUCCGAACCCGCACGCCCGGGGUUGGGGUUGCUUCGCAGAAGGGCCUGCACUGGCCGGAGUCCCCAAAGGUAUCAGCCACUGAGUCUCCCGGUCUCCUCUCCGAGUCGGGGGACAGAAGAGGGUGACCAGGUGAGGAGGGAGCCGCGACGUAAACUGUGAAGGGCCCCGUGAUUGCAUUUCGCACCCUCUCGUUAUGUCAUCUGUCUCGUCUGUCGUCUGUGUGUUUUUUUGGUUGAAAUUUGGAAACAUUUUGUACCUGUUGAUUUUAUUUAUCAGUUUAUUUUUCUAUUUAUUGUUUUAAAUGUAAUUUAACAUAUUUAUUAUUAAUAUAAUUAUUUUUAAAUUCUGA